AUGGAAGUGGAGGCAAGUGACGAGACGCGAAAUGUACAUCCUGGUCCCCUUGACUCACAGGCCUUUUGCAGUUACACGGGCUCCGAUGUCAAAGCCACAGUUCUCUUCGAUAUCACUGGGGGUGGGAACGGCGCACCGCUGCCAGGCUCAUUAUGUCGAACCGCCACUCCAGACUGGAGUCUCCAGGUAUGGCUCGGCAAGUACGGCGACGUUGCCCCUACCAGCACCACGGGCUCACCGAUCAUCAUCGCCAAUAUUGGCAGCCGCACCUUCGACGUCUACAAGGGGACCAAGUCCAGCCUCACCGCGUACACCUUUGUAGCCAAUACGGCAGCGACUGAAUACAGCGGCGAUGCCAUCGACUUCGUCCGGUGGCUCGUCGCUAACGAGGGUUACACAAACAGCACUUGUGUCUUCUCCUUUUCCGCUGGCACGGAGAUCUUUGAGGGGACGGAUGCCACGUUCAACACAGCCCAGCUGUCUGCCGAGCAGUUCAUCCGCCCAGUUGCUGAGCCGGUUCCCCCUAUAGCGACGACGAGAACGACGACGUACGUCCCGACGCCGACACCGACUGCUACUUGUGUGCCAAAGUGGGGACAGUGUGGCGGUAUUGGGUACGUUGGACCGACAUGUUGUCAGGCUGGAAGCACCUGCACUUUCUAUAACGACUGGGACUCGCUGUGUAACUGA